CUUUUCAAUGCAAACUUCAACUCCUCCUCCUCCCUCUAAUGCCUGUAACUCACAGCCGAGGCUGGGUGAGGAAUCUGGAGAGGAGAUUUUCCUCAUGCUUACGGUGGCUGGAGACUGGAAGGAAGAGUGUAGGGAAGGAGGAAGGAGAUUUGUGGCGCUUUCUACCUACUACGAGACUGAAAAGGGGAGGGGGCACCUACAUUACAUCUUCUCUUCGUGACUGAGAACUGCAGGUUCAGUCCGAUCCUACGGAGCUCUGGCGAUUGCUUAUUUAAAAAAAAAAAGAAAGAAAGAAAGAAAGAAAGAAAGAAAAAUUGACCGCGGGAGAAGGAAGGCUCAAUCUUUGGCAGCCAGACUCGUCUUGGAGGGGCUACACAAUGGCAGUCUUCUCUCGCUAAGAUGAAUCCGGCUUGCCUUCUGCAGAUCCGCCCAUCCUCAGUUCCAUUUAGUAAAAGGCUAUGAUUUUCUCUUUGGGGAUCUUUUGUGCAUUACUGUUCUCCCUGGUUAGUUCUGGUCUCGGUUGGGAUUUCUUUGCUUUUUUUUGUUUGGCUUCAUGUGAAAAAGGAUUUUUUUCUCUCCAACCCUUUGGUCAUGAUCCAGUGGUGAUCAAGAGGGGAUAAAUCAUUCACCCUGGCCGAGAAAAAACAAUCGCUGAGAAGUCUCAAAGAGAUAUACCACGUGAGGGGAAAAAACUGGGAGAAGAUCCGGAAUAUUAACGUUUUUCCUAUGGUAAAACCGGUGCCCCUCUUCAGGAGAACUGAUUUCAAGUUAUUAUUAUGCAACCACAAGGGCCUCUUCUUUCUCAGGGUGUCUAAGCUGCUGGGUUGCUUUUCGCCCAAAUCAAUGUGGUUUCUUUGGAACAUUUUCAGCAAAGGAACGCAUAUGCUGCAGUGUCUUUGUGGCAAGAGUCUUAAGAAAAACAAGAACCCAACUGAUCCCCAGCUCAAGGGCAUAGUGACCAGGUUAUAUUGCAGGCAAGGCUACUACUUGCAGAUGCACCCAGAUGGAGCUCUCGAUGGAACCAAGGAUGACAGCACCAAUUCCACACUGUUCAACCUCAUCCCAGUGGGACUGCGCGUUGUUGCCAUCCAGGGAGUGAAGACAGGGCUGUACAUAGCAAUGAAUGGAGAAGGUUACCUCUACCCAUCAGAACUUUUUACCCCUGAAUGCAAGUUUAAAGAGUCUGUUUUUGAAAACUAUUAUGUAAUCUACUCAUCCAUGCUGUACAGGCAACAGGAGUCUGGCCGAGCCUGGUUUUUGGGAUUAAAUAAGGAAGGGCAAGUUAUGAAAGGAAACAGAGUAAAGAAAACCAAACCAGCAGCUCAUUUUCUACCCAAGCCAUUGGAAGUUGCCAUGUACCGAGAACCAUCCUUGCAUGAUGUUGGUGAAACAGUCCCGAAAGCUGGGGUGACACCAAGCAAAAGUACAAGUGCAUCUGCAAUAAUGAAUGGAGGCAAACCAGUCAACAAGUGCAAGACCACAUAGCCAGAUCCUCAGGUGUCCUGACUUACUUGUCCCGAGCACAGUGGAGUGAUUUAUCCUUACUAGACAUUCCUGCUCCUGUGGCGGAAAAGCCCCAGCAAGCAAGCUGACGCUUGUCUUAUGCUGUCUCAGACCUCCUUCGUUGCAAGUGGAUAAAUCUCAACCUGUGGUCCCCCUACACCAAGAAGACACCUGGACAAACCAGCUAAACUCAGACCAUGGAAUGCCCUACCAGAUAUGGAAUGCCUUUUUAAUAUCUUUUCUGUGACUGUGACACUUCAUGUGAAUGACAUACUUCACAAGUACACUCAAUACCUUGCCUGCUGACAGCUACCCAUAAUCCUUUUUGAGUCCUGUUUCAGCGAAAUCCAUGUGUUUAAGUUCAAUUUUGUAGCACACAAAUAAUAUUGAGUAAUUUCUAGUUAGAUGCUGUAAACCUGUGCUAUCAUGGAUUUCUCUUCUUUCCAUUUUUACAGGGCUGCUCGCUCCACUGUCUGUGACCUUUAGCAGGGAUUGUGUUGCUCUGAAUCUUAAAUGUUGCAGUUGGUUUGCUUAGGAGAACAAUUAGGGAAUCAGGAAGCCUUCUAAACCUAUUACUACAAAUAGUAUCUAUAAAGAUUAAGAUUGUUGUCUUUGGCUCACAUUAUUGAUUAAACACACAUAUAUGUUCUGUCUAGUAGGAGAUGCUGUGCUCCCGAGGUAGGCAUGGCCUGGGUGGAACAAGGGUCAAACACAAUCCAUGGAAAGCUCUCUAUGAUAGGUGUUUGGCAUUCCCUCUUAGUUUCUUUAUGUGUGUGUGUUUUAUACAUAUCACAAGCUUACUGGUAAUGGUAACAUUUGCCUUGCCCAGCGAGCAAGACCCACUUAGUUUUUGAGAAAGUGGGUCCAAAGAAUUCUGUAGGCCUUGUAGGCCUGAUUAAGGUUCAUUUUAUUUUCAUCAAUUAAUCCUCACUAUUGGGAAAAAAGAAUAAAAACCCAAAUCAUUACAACUAUAAGAAAUAUGCUACCUAAAUCCAUUUCCGGCCGACUCCUUCCUAUUUUUAAUGAAGAUAACUCAGUGCCACACCUGAUUUGGGCUGCAUUCCAGUUAUCCUCAUCCUCAGCCAAGCAUGGGCAAGGCGGCUGUUGUGUUCUUUCCUGCAGCAGCAAUGCACACGUUAGUAUAAAUUAGACUUUAAUAUUUUUGGUAUUUAAUGACAAGCUUUAAAACUGGAUGUAUUAGGGGUUUUGUUUGCUCUUUUAUUUUGGGUUUUGAUUGGUUUGGUUUGGUUUUGUUUGUUUUGUUUUUGUUUUGUUUUUAGCUCAGCAUGGGGCCUGGUAUCCUUGAUGUCAGCAGUACAUACCUCUAACUCAGCUAUGUUAGGCCCAACAGGCUGGUUAGAACUGAUUUGUCAAGAUUUCAGAAUACAGUUUGUUGAGUACCCUAAAUAAAACUAAAGACAACCCAACAUACUCCAGCAAUUGGGGUUUGGGCAUUUGAUUUAUUUAAUUUUGUUUUAUUGCUUUAAUUUCAUUUUGAAUUGAAUUCUGUAGAACUCAAAGUUUAGGGAUACUUAGAAAGGUUGUGAAUUGCUGGAGAUGCACCUUAAAGGUUUCGUGCAAAGUGUUCAAUAACAGAUAUAAAAAGCUUCAAAAUGUUUAGUACUAAAUUGUUUGGAAAAAUAUUUGUUAACUGUAUGUACACUUAAUAAAAUUCCAUGUUUUCUUCUCAGAAGAAUUCAUUGAGACCAAACUGAACCUCUUUUAUAAGAAACAACUGAUGUAGGAUCAAUGUACUGGCCUCUUGUUAUUUCCAUGUGGCAGGAUGAUCCACUUGCCAUUGUCCCCAUCUACACUGUACUUACUGGGAAAUUAUUUUCUCCUUGUUUUCACGAAUCUCCAUGACAGCCUUUGCCCAGCGUAGAAAAAUUUUGGCCUGCUUAGCUAAUUAAAGAUUCAGUAUAAAUUUAAGUGUUUAUGCUCAUUUCAUGUUCAUAUUAGAUUCCAUUUUGAUAAAUAAACAUUAGCAAAAUCUUUGAGUAGAUUUAUUGUCAAUAAUGCUAAAUUGAAAAUAAAACAAAAUGACCCCUUUGACCACUCCUGAUUUGGUGUUAUGCAUAACUAGAUAAAACUCAUUAGCUGAUUAUUUAGGGAAGACAUAGAUUCAUAGUAUGUGGUGAAAUAUGAAUAACUUGUACUUUCUAUUAGUUGGGUUUGUAGACACAGCUUAUACCCUCCACAUGCACACACAUCCCAAACCAACCUAUCUUUCUGUUGAUAAUCAACACUACCUGAGAUUUCUGUUCUCAAGACCUACUUAGUGGUUAAAAUUGAGGCAAGAUUUAUUUUUGUAAAUGCCUAAGAUUUAUGUUAGUGUUUCCUUCUGUUUUGUUUCCCAAGAGUUGUCUUUAAAAGCAUUUAUUACUGUAAGUAGGUAUUCAAGUGUUUUAUUCUAAUAUAUGUUUAGACACAUUAGUAGUGGGGUCCUUGUUAUCUUUGAUUUAGUUAGAACAUUUCCUUUGUGUCUGGUCUCACCUGUUGCAUGGGAAGAGGAAAGCACCAAAUGAUCUGCAUGUACUAGGACUCAUGUAUCCAGAAGUGCUGGUAUGUAUUAUUCAAUUUACAUACAGAGAGAUUGUCUGUAUUGUACAAUUUGUGUUUCUUAUCAUUUGUUGUGUUCAUAGCUAUGACAUAUCAGAUCAAAUACUUAUAUGAAGGCAUAUGGAAACCAUAAAAUAAUUUUGUGUAACAAAAUAGCAUUGUAUCACCCCAAAUAUAGAGAACGCUCAUGUAAAUAAGUUGAUAAACUCAAUUUUCCCCUUUACCAUGCCAAAGAAAAUUUUAGCUCCUUGAUGAUACCUCUCUUGCUAUUUUUCUGGAACAAGGUCAUCAUUCCUUCCCUCAGAAAUUCAGUUUGCUACCAUUAAAUGCAAUCUGUCAUCACUGAUGUUCUGUAUAGUAAAUCUGAUGGAACACAUUUGUAUUUAUAGACUGUGUGUUUUAUAUCUUCCUGUAUGUAUGUUCAUUGUACCAAGUCUAUAGAAGACCCAUUCCUUCUGCAUGCAUAUCUGAUAGGGGAGGGUUAGUUCUGUCACCUUUUUUAUGGUACCUGAUUGCUUUGCUUAUCCAUCAACAGUGCUCAAUGUUCAUCCUCUGCAUAAUUCAAGUAACUCCAUUUUUGUUUUCAAAUAAGUUUAGUUCCUGAAAAUUUUUACUACUUUCCUUGGAAAUAAUUGUGAAAGACACACAGUUUGUUCUGUGUGAAGAGCAAAAGGAAUUGAGCACUUUCCCUAUUAUUUUGGAGAAUGUGGAGUCUUGCUUUAAGUGUUUGCUUGUUCUGGGUACUUUGGGUGAGGACUAGAUCAAUAAUGGACACUACAACUUUUUCUCUAGUGUUUCUAGUUAUGAGCUUUUUAGAAAGUAAGCAAAAUGUAUCAUAUCUGACCAUUUAAUUAAUGAUUCAACUACUAAACCAUCUUUUUUUUUUCUCUCUCUCUAGAGUGACCAAUAUCAGAUUUGGUUCUUUAAACAAAAACUAACACAACAACAACCACAAAUCUUUUGUUGUUCCUUAAAGUGAAAAUGUAUUACUUUGUUAAUUUUUUUCCAAACAUCACACGUAUAAUAUGUGUUUGAUAUUUCUCAAUGAUGGUUAGUGAGACUAAACUGACUAAGGUUCAAAUUAGAAGAAACAGAAAAUAGUGGGAAAUGACUUUCUAUUUUAUUUUAGGAAAAUAUUAUAUUCUAGGGAAACAAUUAGGCCAAAUUUCUAAAUAUUUUCUGGAGCACAGGCUUAGUCAAAUCCAGAAUGUAAAUUGUGUUGUUCUGGAUUCAAAGACAUAGGUAAUUAAGAGUUUUACAAAGUGAAACACAAGACUGAAGUGUCUGGAAUACUGAGUAGCUUUCAGAAAAGUUGUGACAGUUGAGCUUGUAAAUUAAGACUACACUGUAUUUUUUUUUUCUUGUUCUAGGUUCUCAUUUAGUAUAAUUCUGACAUUUACUGGGUGAGCUGAUAGAGAUAAGUUACUUAUUCUCUGGUGCUGCUAGACUCCAGAUGAACUCAGGAUUCCUGAAAGGAACAAUGGUUCUCUUCCUAAAUUUAGAACUUUUGUCCCCUGGAGGAAUUCUUCAGUUAUGAUUUGCUAAAUAAGCAUGGCGAAGAUCAUCAAAAUUGGUGAACUUAAUGUCUCCUUUUCAAUUAUCAUGUAUCCCAGUGUAAUUUUUGAAAACCACAAGUAAGCCAAAGAGAUUUGUUUAUUUUCUUCUACUCAUUAUGAAUUUGUCCUUGCUUGGCAUUCUCAAAAAAGGUAGUUUCUAUCUUGGAGUCAAAGUAUAGAAACAUUUAGAUAGGAGAUAGGUUAUAUUCUUGCCUAUCACCAUGUGCUUUAGAUUUGGUUUGAUUUCUUCCUCUUCCUCCUCCUCUUCUUCCUCUCCCUCCUCCUCCUCCUCCUUCAUCAUCAUCUUCUUCUUCUUUAUCUCCUUCUUCUCUUCUUCCUCACUUUCCUCCUCCUCUUCCUCCUUUUACUAUAAAAGUGUGUGAAAUCUAUCACUUCUUUAUAGGUAAACUGAUGUUGGCAUGGCUAGGGCCAAAUACAGAUAGACAAACAGACACACAAAUAUUAGCAAAUAAAAUUAACUUUUUUUUUUUUAAAAAGUCUGUUUUCCAAGAAAAAGAACUGAUUAGAAUUUAAGUUACGGAGGCAAAUACUACAGCUUUCUUCCAUAGUCUAUAACAAUGUACCCCAGAACAUGGUGACCUACAACAUAUUUUCAUGUUGUCCAAAAUUCAAGACAUAGCACACUUUAUUCUUCAUGAAAGAAGUCAUUUUUCCAAUGUCUUAAACUCUAUUCUGAGAACCCCUAAAUGGUCAGGGUAUUGCAACACUUUUUUCUUAUGAAAAUAUACGAAAGGAACACAUACUUUUAUGAUAGAUGCUAUUUAUAGAAAUGAUAAAAACUAGAGAGGAAAAUAUAACAAUAAAAAAGAUGUGCUCAAUGAAAAAGGCCAUAAGGAACUGAAAGUAAUUCCAGGGAAGCAAAGUCUGGCAAACUACCACACAUAGCUGUGAUUAAAGCCAGCCCACAAGCUGUUUAUGUAUGGCCUAAGAGUUCAGGGUAGAUUUUAUUUCUUUGUUACAGUUUUAAAAUAUUAUACAUGAAAAAAAGAUUCUCUCUCAGUGGUUUCUCUAAUAGGCAUUAUCCAGAUUUUUAUAGAAGGCUGAGUCCUAUAGUAAGAAAAGCUGAAGGCCAUUGUACCAUGAUGGGAAGGUUAGUUACUCUUAAUGCUUGGAAGUCACCCACCACAUCAUCAGAACUGGUAUUGAAUUAUUAUAAUUGGUUUUUUCCUGGUUUAAAAUCUAUUUAGAGAGAUGGAAAAUAUAGAGAAAAAAAGAAUGAAAUCACACUUACUAUACCUUAAUAACUUAUAUUUCCCUCAUUUUAUAAAACUGACAUUGAUUACCAGCUCAGUAAGUAAUAGAUAUACGACCAGUAUGUCUGGGUCCCCUAAUCUCAGGAUGGAGGCAACAAUUUUAUAAAUAUAUUAAGUUCUGAGAACCUUAUUAUAAAACCAGCACCAGUGACCCUUCAAAUACUUCUCGGUAUUUAGUUUUUAAGUAACACAGUAGACAUGUGUUUUCUUUACAUUUGGAGACUUGACUGAUAAAGUCCAAGCCAUGAUUCUAAAAUAUUUACAUUAUUAAUAUAAAAUUUGCAAGUAAAAAUUUCAUCUUAAAACAAAACAGAAAUGAUUUUGCUAUGUUAUUUUGGAUUUUACAAAUAAUUCACAUUUAGGGAAAAGGUAUUUUUUUAGCUCUAAAUAAUGGUUGAUUCAACUAUGUGUAUAAGUAGAUCUAACUGUAUAUAUGCAAGAGAACCCCAAAUAUUGUACAUUUUCAUAAUUCAAUGUGAAUUUCAUACAGAGCAAAAUUUCACCAGAAAAUAAACAUUUUGUUCGUAUCAUUGAGUGAAUAUUUGUAAUUUUGAUUUAAACCAUUUCUAGAAUUUUAAGGUCCACUUCUGAACUUGUAAAAUCAAUGUCAUCCUUUGGACUCCACCAUUUCUUUGAAGAAAAGAGAGCCAUUAAAGGGAAAUGAAUGCAGUAUGAAGACCCUCAUGUUUCCUAACUAGACACUGUCUUCUUCAGAGGAUAAAUUACAUGAAAUAAUUUAAGUAUGAAAAAUCAGAUUUAUUGUACAUGUAACCCAUGUCUAGUCUUAAAAACAAGAUCUACUAGUUCUUGGGAUCUAAAGUGGUUAGUCCAAUUUAUUCUUUUCUGCUGUGUUUGUUUUCCGUGAGUAAAUAGAUAUUGACACAGAAUAUAAACAACUUAUGUCAUUAUUUAUUAAAAUGUCAAAUUGUGCAUUUAUCAUUUCUUCCUGUAAGAGAUUCUUGUGAAUUUAGAGCCCUUGUGAUCUGGGAAGCGCCCAACCCAUCAUCACACCUCGUAUGUGUCUGUCAUAAUCAUCCCAUAUACAAAUU